GCGCCGCUGACAGCCUUAUAAAUAGUCGCCUUUGCAGGCGGCUGGCGACGACAGGCAGGGCACCACCGACCUGGGCGCCCACCCACACACAACCCUCGGCCAGGGUGGCUGGGAGGCUGGAGUGAGGCCCCCAGCCCUCCGCUCAGCCCAGGCCGAGCCCAGUCUGCUGAGGUGACAGGCCUGUAGUACAACACAGAGGUCCGACACAGCGUGGGGCCUCAGGAGGCGCCUGCCAGUGGAAGGCAGAGGCCAGAGAAGCUUCCUGAAGGAGGUGACAACUGAGCUGAGUCCUAAAUAACAACGCCGUGGGGAAAGACAUCCAAGCGUCGGGUAUAUUAUCCAAAGCCUGGAGCGCGGCCCUCACCUUCCGGCUCCUCCGACAGGACGAGGCAGACAGAGGGGCUGCUGGCUGUGACAGGGGAGGCCCUGCAAGCGCGCAGAGGAAAGAGCACUGACUGGGCUCCCUGGACCUCAGCGGGAUGGAAGAGAAACUGAAGAAAACCAAGAUCGUCUUUGUGGUGGGCGGGCCCGGCUCGGGGAAGGGAACCCAGUGUGAGAAGAUUGUCCAGAAGUACGGCUACACCCACCUUUCCACCGGGGACCUUCUGCGGGCAGAGGUCAACUCGGGCUCAGCCCGGGGCAGGAUGCUGUCGGAAAUCAUGGAGAAGGGGCAACUGGUGCCACUGGACACAGUGUUGGACAUGCUCCGCGAUGCCAUGGUGGCCAAGGUGGAUUCUUCCAAGGGCUUCCUGAUCGAUGGCUACCCUCGGGAGGUGCAGCAGGGGGAAGAGUUUGAGUGGAGGAUCGGACAGCCCACGCUGCUGCUGUAUGUGGACGCAGGCCCCGAGACCAUGACCCAGCGGCUCCUGAAGCGCGGAGAGACCAGCGGGCGUGUGGACGACAACGAGGAGACCAUCAAAAAGCGGCUGGAGACCUACUACAAGGCCACAGAGCCGGUCAUCGCCUUCUACGAGAAACGAGGCAUUGUUCGCAAGGUCAAUGCCGAAGGCUCCGUGGACAGCGUCUUCGCCCAAGUCUGUACUCACCUGGAUGCCCUCAAGUAGCAAUGCUGGAGCGCUUCCCCAGCUCAGAGACUGCCCCACCCUGUCCUGACUCAAGGCUGUCCUGGCCUGAGCUCAGCGCCUCCACCCUGCGGGGCUGGAGUGCAGAGGAAGCCACGUUAUCCUGUUUGCAUGGACAGCUGAGCACUAAAGGCAUUUCCAAGGA